UAAACAGUGUGAGAAACUCGGUCCAGAUGAAAGAGGGCGAUAACAGCUGGGCUCCGUAGUUAUGGGAGGAGUGUGUGCACCUGCAGACACAAUCAUAGAGCAGCUAUGAUUUCAGCUUUUUUGCCCCCCGCCGGACGCACGCAGCGGACACCUGAGCCAUGGCCGCAGAGGAGAAGUACCCCACCGAACAGGGAGCGCAGCUCCUGGACAUCAGCUCCAACUCGCCCCCUUCUGAGCCCCGAGUUGCGGAGGACCCCGGCCAGCUGGAGAAGCCGCCGUAUUCGUACGUGGCUCUCAUCGCCAUGGCUAUUAGGGACAGCCACGACAAGAGGCAAACCCUCAGCGGGAUAUACGACUACAUCAUCUCCAAGUUCCCUUACUACGAGAAGAAUAAAAAAGGGUGGCAGAAUAGCAUAAGGCACAACUUGUCUCUCAAUGAGUGUUUUCUCAAGGUGCGUAGGGAGAACGGGGGGGAUAGGAAGGGCAACUACUGGAUGCUGGACCCCGCCUUUGAGGACAUGUUUGAGAGGGGGAACUACCGGCGGCGGAGGAGGGUGAGGCGACCCUACAGACCCACGAGCGCGCCGUACCUGACCGGGAAUCCUGCGUUGGAAUACCCGGAGUCGCUUUACCUGCAGCCGUACGUGAGCGGCUCCUGGGGUCUGUCCCAGCAGACCGGAUACCCAACAACACCCCAGGUCAUCACCGGACACACCCGCAGUUUGUCCCCCAGCGGCCCCAUGAGCCCAUACUGUCCUCCCCCGUACUUCCACAGCCCUCCCUACGGCGCCUAUCACCGCCUCCCGCCCGUGCUGGUCCCGCACAACGGGUGCCCCUACGGCGGAGUGACCCAGCCGAUAAGUCCCGACGGAGGCACCGUUUCCCUGGCGUGCAGCUACCAGCAGCUCACGUCCUACGGAAGGCAAGCGGAGGCGCAGUUUGCUCAUUCAUUUGAUCUGUAGGGUUUUGAAUUAUUCUAACAUCUGACAGCCAGUCCACUGACUUAAAGUUCAUCUGUUUCACCAUUUCACUUCCGCUGUCUGUCGUUUGUCAUUCUAAGAUAAAAUGUUUGGUUUGAUAUGUUGUACAUUUAUCGACUAUGUGUUGACUGUUUAAUGAGAUUUUGGUUAACUUUUUUUGAUCGGCUAUACUUUAAAAUGACAAGGAAUUAGCCCUCUAGUGUCAGAAUUCAUCGCAUUUGCUUCAGAAAUUGCAGCUAUCAAGUGUGAACAGCAGUAAGACGUUGAUUCAAGUCUGAGGCUCAGUUUAUGGCUAAUUUUGUCGCCAUUUUUUUUUUCAUUCCUAUCAUUCAUCAUCAUUUUUGUAUAGGCCUAUACAUUUGUUACUAUGUUAUUUAUUUCUUUUCUCUGCUUUUAUUCAUUUCUCCGAGCUGCUGUGCAAAAGCUGGUGACACUGAGGCACUGAUAAGUUUUCUUAUUCUAUUAAGAAUGUUUACUUGAUGUGAAAUACACCAUGUUUGUUUAAAUAAAAUGUUAUUUUUGCAA